UCCAUACAAACAUCGCAAAAAAUGGCCCAAUUGCUUCUUCUUUUCUUGAUCUUAACACACACAUUUCUAACCCUAGCAUCACCAUCUGCAGAAAUCGAGCCUUCUGUGGUUGGACCACCGCAAACAGCUGAAGCACCCAGAAGUCGUAAACUUGGGAACCAUCAUGUAAGCGAAGCGGAGCCACCAACCACCGCAACAUCAAGGGAUCAUGAAGGGAACGGUGGGAGUGCGAAGGAGGAGAGUGGAAUGUACUUGGAGAAGCAACAUAAACACCACCAUGGUUCAGGGUCGGUCGAUAAGUCAAUUGCCGGUGGUGGGGUGAUCCUUGGAGGGUUGGUUAUGGCUUUUGUGGUGUCGAUCGUCUGCUACAUUCGAGCCACCAGAAGAAGAAGUAUGGUGGAACCACCCACACCAACCACCGUUCGGGGAGUUUGAUUGGGUUCGAUGACACAUUCUGUUGAUAAUAUAUAAUUUCCUUAUCAAGUAUAUAGAUUCUUCAUAAUUUUUGUAUUUAAUCUGCUGGAUCUUAUUGCAUUUGUUCAUAUAUGAUCGAGUAUAAUUUAAGUUACUUUUUAUGACAUCCGAUAUUUUAUUAA